ACAUGUGAAAGGCGAAUUUCAAGAGUCAGUAUUAUUCACACGUGUUGCAAUACGUUCAAAGCUACUUUGCAGUUUAGUAAUUUAUUAACAAAUGGCGGACACUCAACAAACGAUUGUGGAGGGCGUCGAUGCACUCACUCUAAAUGGCAAACUAGAAACAGAGGCAACUGCAACUGCUGCUGCUGCCAGCGAGGAAACAGCUACAACAACAGCAAAUGUGGAAGAUGUUGUCGAUCCAUGGAAUGUGGCCAGUUCCAACGAUGCAGGCAUCGACUACGAUAAGCUAAUAAAACGCUUUGGCUCGACCAAAAUCGAUGAGGAACUUAUCGCACGAUUUGUGAAAAUCACGGGCAAGCCAGCUCAUCACCUUAUCAGGCGAGGCAUAUUCUUUUCGCAUCGCGAUCUGCACACAAUUCUCACGCUAUGCGAACAGGGCAAACCGUUCUAUUUAUAUACGGGUCGUGGUCCCAGUUCGGAAUCCUUGCAUAUUGGCCACUUGGUGCCGUUUAUGAUCGCCAAAUGGUUGCAGGAGACUUUCGAUGUGCCCUUGAUAAUUCAGCUCACUGAUGAUGAGAAGUCCUUGUGGAAGGAUCUGAAAAUCGAAGAGGCCAUUAAAUUGGCGCGCGAGAAUGCCAAGGAUAUUAUCGCCGUGGGCUUUGACGUGGACAAGACUUUUAUUUUCAAUAAUCUGGAAUUUAUGGGCAAAUGUCCUGCCAUGUAUCAGAAUAUUAUAAGGAUUCAGAAGUGCGUCACCUUCAAUCAAGUCAAGGGAAUUUUCGGCUUUGGUGAUUCUGAUAUUAUUGGCAAGAUUGGAUUUCCAGCAGCGCAGGCAGCGCCGGCUUUGUCGAGCACAUUUCCAUUCAUCUUUGGCAAUCGGAAGCUGCACUGUCUGAUUCCGUGCGCCAUUGAUCAAGAUCCAUAUUUCCGCAUGACACGCGAUGUGGCGCCUCGCUUGGGCUUCCCCAAGUGUGCGCUCCUGCACUCCACCUUCUUUCCGGCCUUGCAGGGAGCCAAAUCGAAAAUGUCGGCUAGUGAAACGAAUUCCGCUGUGUUCCUAACCGAUACACCCAAACAGAUCAAGAAUAAAAUCAAUAAAUAUGCAUUUUCUGGUGGACGCACUACAGUGGAGGAGCAUCGUCAACUAGGUGGCAUUCCAGACAUCGAUGUCGCCUAUCAGCUGCUGAAGUUCUUCUUGGAGGACGACGACAAACUGGAGGAGGUGCGCUUGGCCUACAGCAAAGGCGAAAUGCUAACUGGCGAGAUCAAAAAGUUAGCCAUUGAGACUGUCACGCCCAUUGUGGUGGCGCAUCAGGCAGCACGUAAACUGAUUACAGAAGAGGUGCUCGACAAAUACUUUGAGAUCAGAGCUCUAAAGUUCAGCAGCUAGACGUAAAUAAGGAUUCAACUAUU